AUGGAUAGAGAUGAUGAGCCACCAGCACACUCAGUAGAAGCUAUUGCACAAUGGCCUGAUGACCCCUCUAAUGAGAAGUUGGAUAGAGAUGAUGAGCCACCAGAAGACUCAGUAGAAACUAUUGCACAAUGGCUUGAUGAGCCCUCUAUUGAGAAGUUGGAUAGAGAUGAUGAGCCACCAGCACACUCAGUAGAAGCUAUUGCAGAAUGGCCUGAUGACCCCUCUUAUGAGAAGUUGGAUAGAGAUGAUGAGCCACCAGCAGACUCAUUGGAUAAAGCUGAUGAGCCACCAGCAGACUCAGUAGAAACUAUUGCAGAAUGGCCUGAUGAGCCCUCUAAUGAGAAGUUGGAUACAGACGAUGAGCCACCAGCAGACUCAGUAGAAACUAUUGCACAAUGGCUUGAUGAGCCCUCUAUUGAGAAGUUGGAUAGAGAUGAUGAGCCACCAGCACACUCAGUAGAAACUAUUGCACAAUGGCUUGAUGAGCCCUCUAUUGAGAAGUUGGAUAGAGAUGAUGAGCCACCAGCACACUCAGUAGAAGCUAUUGCAGAAUGGCCUGAUGACCCCUCUAAUGAGAAGUUGGAUAGAGAUGAUGAGCCACCAGAAGACUCAGUAGAAACUAUUGCACAAUGGCCUGAUGAGCCCUCUAAUGAGAAGUUGGAUAGAGAUGAUGAGCCACCAGCAGACUCAGUAGAAACUAUUGCACAAUGGCUUGAUGAGCCUUCUAUUGAGAAGUUGGAUAGAGAUGAUGAGCCACCAGCACACUCUGUAGAAACUAUUGCACAAUGGCCUGAUGAGCCCUCUAAUGAGAAGUUGGAUACAGACGAUGAGCCACCAGCACACUCAUUGGAUAAAGCUGAUGAGCCACCAGCAGACUCAGUAGAAACUAUUGCAGAAUGGCCUGAUGAGCCCUCUAAUGAGAAGUUGGAUACAGACGAUGAGCCACCAGCAGACUCAGUAGAAACUAUUGCACAAUGGCUUGAUGAGCCCUCUAUUGAGAAGUUGGAUAGAGAUGAUGAGCCACCAGCACACUCAGUAGAAACUAUUGCACAAUGGCUUGAUGAGCCCUCUAUUGAGAAGUUGGAUAGAGAUGAUGAGCCACCAGCACACUCAGUAGAAACUGUCACACAAUGGCCUGAUGAGCCAUCUAAUGAGAAAUUGGACAGAGAUGAUGAGCCACGAGGACACUCAUUGUAUAUUAAUAAUGAGCCACCAGCACACUCAGUUCAAACUAUUGCAGACUGGCCUGAUGAGCCCUCUAAUGAGAAGUUGGAUAGAGAUGAUGAGCAACCAGCACACUCAGUAGAAACUAUUGCAGAAUGGCCUGAUGAGCCCUCUAAUGAGAAGUUGGAUAGAGAUGAUGAGCCACCAGCACACUCAGUAGAAACUAUUGCAGAAUGGCCUGAUGAGCCCUCUAAUGAGAAGUUGGAUAGAGAUGAUGAGCCACCAGCACACUCAGUAGAAACUGUCACACAAUGGCCUGAUGAGCCAUCUAAUGAGAAAUUGGAUAGAGAUGAUGAGCCACGAGGACACUCAUUGUAUAUUAAUAAUGAGCCACCAGCACACUCAGUUCAAACUAUUGCAGACUGGCCUGAUGAGCCCUCUAAUGAGAAGUUGGAUAGAGAUGAUGAGCCACCAGCAGACUCAGUAGAAACUACUGCACAAUGGCUUGAUGAGCCCUCUAUUGAGAAGUUGGAUAGAGAUGAUGAGCCACCAGCACACUCAGUAGAAACUAUUGCACAAUGGCUUGAUGAGCCCUCUAUUGAGAAGUUGGAUAGAGAUGAUGAGCCACCAGCACACUCAGUAGAAACUAUUGCAGAAUGGCCUGAUGAGUCCUCUAAUGAGAAGUUGGAUAGAGAUGAUGAGCCACCAGCACACUCAGUAGAAACUAUGGCAGAAUGGCCUGAUGAACCCUCUACUGAGAAGUUGGAUAGAGAUGAUGAGCCACCAGCACACUCAGUGGAAACUAUUGCAGAAUGGCCUGAUGAACCCUCUAUUGAGAAGUUGGAUAGAGAUGAUGAGCCACCAGCACACUCAGUAGAAACUAUGGCAGAAUGGCCUGAUGAACCCUCUAUUGAGAAGUUGGAUAGAGAUGAUGAGCCACCAGCACACUCAGUAGAAACUAUCGCACAAUGGCCUGACGAGCCCUCUCAUGAGAAGUUGGAUAGAGAUGAUGAGCUACCAGCAGACUCAGUAGAAACUAUUGCAGAAUGGCCUGAUGAGCUCUCUAAUGAGAAGUUGGAUAGAGAUGAGCUUGAAGAGGAGUUCGUGGCUGAGAGAAAUUCAGGAAGUCCAGUUAAUGUAGUGACACAAAGGUUGUAUACAGCAUGGUUGGGAAAAGGUAGAGAAAUACCAAAUUUUCCUGUAAACGGUGUGCCCCUUGUGGGUGCUGUUGGUACAGAAGGUACAUCAAACAACAGUGUGUGCUUACCUCCAGCUAACAGCUCUAGAGGCAUUAGUGGCAGAGUGAAAAGAAAAUUUCAGAUGGAAGGAAAUCCUUCCAUUGGGAGCAGUGAGACAGCUAAUGAUGGAACAACAUGGACUUUUACACCUCCAAAAGCUGUUCCUGGAAAAUGUUCACAGCAGAACAUCUUGAAGGUAGCACCAGGACCUACAGGCUACACAAAGAAGUUUGUCAGGAAAGAUGAUAAAAGUGUUGAAGUAGAAGGCAAAGGAUGA